GCGCCCUGUGACAUCAUCCUACCGGUGAGAGAAAACCAAAUAUAGACUUGCUUGUCGGCUACUCCACACUGGUCAUUGUUCCGCACGUCAUCUGGGCCCAGACUUCCCCACCAACAUGCCGGCCACUGUCAUGGACAAGGAGUCAAUGAGAGAAGCUUACCAAGAUGUUCGUGACGAUUCCAGCGAUACUAUAUGGGCCACGUUCGGCUACCAGGAGAACAACCUGGUACACCUGAGCUCAGGGGCCGAGUUUGACGGCUUUAGGGAACAAUUCAACGAUGACGGGCGGAUUUUCGGGUUCCUCCGCGUGACGGCCGGAGACGAGCUGAGCAAACGGAGCAAAUUCAUCCUCAUCACGUGGGUGGGAGAGAACGUCAGCCCGCUGAAGAGGGCGAAGACUGGGACGGACAAAGCACUGGUCAAACAGGUCAUACAGAGCAUCGCUACAGAGAUUAUGACCAGUGACCUGGCUGACAUAGACCUGGACUUUAUCAUGGGUGAAGUCAAGAAGGCUGGAGGCGCCAACUACGGCACAGGGGUCCGCGACUGACGACUGGGCCAUUCAGAACUGGGAGAUUCAGAACAUGUUUUAAAACCUUGUUAUCAUAAAAAGUCCUUCCAAUAACAACACGAAUACUAUACUAGGGUAUGAAAUAUAGCAACCUGUAGUCACUGUGGUAGUACAAAUGGUCUCACAAUUGUCAGUCUGAAGAUAGUAGAAAACGUCUCUAAAAUCAUGAUACAUGUAGAAGAGCGAAGGUGGAGAAUGUAGUAAAUGCAUUGGGAAAAUGGAUGCUAAUGUAAGGCAAUGCAGGUCGGAUCCUACAUGUACUUUGACCAAAUUUACGUUCAUAUCUGAAAGGCUUUCCUGCAAUUGAUUUCUACUGCUGCAGAUCUUUUUGUGUCAAACUUUGCAGGUACAGUGCCCCUGUUGGUCCCUGGUAGAGCUCUACUUUCAGACCACUGCUCUGGGUGAAUUGGACCCAAAGAAAGGUCCACAAAUGUAAUGAAUUUGUCAGCUCAUUUACAACUUUAGAAAGUCUUUGUUAACAACUUUGUAAUACAAUUUGAUGCAUCUGAGAGUAAUGACAAUAAAACAUUCCAGACUACAUG